CGCAUGUAAUCUCUUCGCCGUCAAUUUCACAUCUUCUUUAAAAUCUCUCUAGAUCGAAAAAGGGUUGAUUCUUGAAAUCUCCGGCGAAAACCCAUAUGGAGGCGGCGACUGAAGUGGCGACGGUUGUUUCUACUCCGGCGGUUACGGUUGCGGCGGCGGCGACGAGGAAGAGGGAGAAGCCGUAUAAAGGGAUAAGGAUGAGGAAGUGGGGGAAGUGGGUGGCGGAGAUAAGAGAGCCUAAUAAACGGUCAAGGAUCUGGCUUGGCUCUUACUCUACUCCUGAAGCGGCGGCGCGUGCUUACGACACGGCGGUGUUUUAUCUCCGAGGUCCUUCCGCUCGGCUUAACUUCCCGGAGCUUCUAGCCGGAGUUACCGUUGCGGGAGGUGGCGGAGGAGGAGGAAACGGUGGUGGAGAUAUGUCGGCGGCGUAUAUAAGGAGAAAAGCGGCGGAGGUUGGAGCUCAAGUGGAUGCGUUAGAAGCGGCGGGGGCGGGAGGGAAUCGUCAUCGUCAUCAUCAUCAUCAUCAACAACAACAACGUGGUAAUCAUGAUUACGGAGAUAAUUAUCAUAUUAAUGAUGAUCAUAUGGAGUGUAGUAGUAAAGAAGGGUUUAAGAGGUGUAAUGGAUCGUUGGAACGGGUUGAUUUGAACAAAUUACCCGAUCCGGAAACUUCAGAUGACGAUAAUUAGGAAAGGAAAAUAGAAACAAAUAAUAUCGAUUUGUUUUU